AGGAGAAUAAUAAUAAUUGAGUGCAUAUAGCGGUAAUUAUUGUACGUUGAACGACCUUCACGAAUUCAUGGUGCAACAUCUCUACAUGAAAAUCGUUGAAGUUGAAACCAAAGACUAAAGAGCGAACGUGGGAACGUGUACACGUGCACAUAUUAUCAUUAUGUUUCUGACUGGAGACUUGGAGACUGGGACUGUUAGUCCUAGCCUAGUCCUAUUCAAUUCAACCGUGAAUUCAACAUUCAACGUUGAUUGUUGAAGUUGAUUAAACUCAACUCAAGAAUUCGCUUCAGUUGUUCACCUAUCACUCGUGGAGCGUGAGAAUUAGGUGUUAUAGUUAUUUGAAGGAAAAUAAUAAAGCUGUAUCAAAAUUUCUUAGCUAUAAAUAUAUAAAAUGGAUACACGCAGAUCUGCAGACAAACCUGUAAAGGAAUUUAAUAUCUCAGUUCCUUGGGGACAUAUUACAGUGAAAGCUUGGGGAUCAGCAGAUAACCCACACGUCUUGGUAUUCCAUGGUCUGGCAGACAACGCAGGUAGCUUUGACAAUCUUAUGCCCUAUUUGUCAAAUAGUUUUUAUUACCUUUGCAUAGAACUUCCAGGACACGGCAAAUCUUCUCAUUUCCCAGCUAACCUACCAAUACACACGACAGACUAUAUAAUCGUUUUUAGAUUAGUAGCAGAACAAUUUAAACAGAAGAAAUACAUUAUAUUAUCUCACAGUCUAGGCGCGCAGAUUGCAAUGAUGUUUGCCAGAGUAUAUCCUGACUAUGUAGAAAAAUUUAUUGGAUUGGAACUCAUACCACCGGUGCUUCCAGAUGCUCAACGAUCUGUCAAGUAUGUGAAGUCUAGACUGGAAUUAUUUGAAAAUAUCGCAUCCAGGGGACCUGCUAGCUACAGUUAUGAAGAAGCUUUGGAAUCAUUUUCUACAAACAGGUAUGCUGAUGAGGUUUUAACCAAAGAAGCUGCAGAGCCGAUCCUAAAGAGGUGUUUGCAACAACAAGAUAAUGGCAGAUACAUCUUUACUACAGACGAGCGUAUAAAAGCCUAUAUCAACCCUCUUCACGAUAUGAGAUACGAGAUAGAAUCCUUCAAAACAGAUCCGUUGAAAUGUCCGACUUUAAUAAUAUUAUCCAAAUUGAACGAUCGUCCACGAAAGAAAUACAGAGAUCUUAUUAGUAAAUGGCAGGCAUGCAAUAGUAUUACAAUCACUUAUGUAGACGGGCACCACGAUAUUCAUAAUAAUAAUCCAAGGAGAGUGGCACCUUAUAUUAAUAAAUUUUUAUUGGCACACAAAUCUAAGUUAUAAACUUAAAGGUGUCUAUAAUAUGAAACUUAAAGCUAAAAUCAAUAAAUAUUAUUCUUAUUUAAGUGCCAUCUCUGUGACGAUGGUUGGCGAUCAUCAUGGCUAUUCUGACUUUCGAGUCAGCUGCUCUGAGCAGUUGCCUCGAGCUGCAACCAAAAAAUUCUCUCAGGUUCUUCAACCAGGAAACGCUUCUCCUACCCUAUAUUUUUCCUUGAAAUUAUGAGUCUCAAGGUGUUCUUUCGCCUCUCAUUACAUGUUCGAGAUAUUGCAAUUUCCUUUCUUUUAUUGUGUUUUCCAUUUCCCUCUCUCUGCCUAUUCUCCUUAACACUUAUAUAUUCGUGACUAUCUACCCAUGAAGUCGAUUUAUUGCAUUUCGGUUUAAUGACCAUGACUCAGCUUCAUAGAAAAACACACUGUGUACAUAACAUUUAAUUAGUCUCAUUCUGAGUGCCAGAGUCAAAUCUUUGCUGCAUAAAAUCUUUUUUAUUUUCACGAAGUUGGCACGUGCUUUUUCAAUUCUCACUUAUUUCUGCAGUAUAAUCGUUAUUUUCUGAGAUUAUCGUUCCUAAGUAAGUAUAUUUUUUUACUCUCUCAAUCUGCUAGCCAGCAGCCGUUAUUAUUUCGUUUGUAUGGUGGUUCUUGCUAAUUUUCAUAAAGUACCCCGCACAAACCUUAUGGAAAUUAGGUCCCAGUGGAUUUAGUUCAUACUUUGGGAAAAUACUCUUUGAAUAAGCAUCCUGAUAAAAAGUUCUCAUGGACACAUCUCGAUCGUAUGGAGGAUUUUCAAGAUAUAGAGGCACCGACUAGGAAAAUUAUAAGAUUUACCGGGUAUUCCAAUUCCCUGAGUUACUGGUUAUCUGGCAACAUGGAGAAGUUUGGAUUAAAUAGAAGUACUAGUAGUCUAGGAUUUUUUCCUGGCUAUCCAAUGACGACCUUUACUUUGACCUUGACCUUCAACGGACGUCAUCUUCUAGAGUUUCGAUGGUUUUCAGCAUUAAAUUGAUAUACACAGAUUACUCAUGGGUUUUUUGGAUCGCUAAACACGAAUAUACCAUCAGAAUUCACCUCCGGAGGACGUGGUGGCCAGGGCCACUUCAAGGGACGUCAUCUUCUAUACAGUUUCGAUAGUUUUCGGCAUUUAGUUGAUGCAAAUGAAUUACUGGAGGCUUUUUUGAGGUCGCAAAACACGAAUAUGCCACCAGAACCGACUCCUGGAGUACCUGGUUUGCAAGGUCAAUGAAAGGGGCUCCUCGAGUUUCGAGGGUCUUCGGUACUACAUUGAUGCAAACGGAUUAUUCAUAGGUUUUUGGAGUUGCUGAACACGAAUACCCCACAGACAUCGGAGUAGCUGGUGCCUAAGGCACGUCAUGCUUUGGAGAUUCGAGAGCUUUCGGUACUAAAUUAAUGUAAACUGACUACUCACAGGUUUUUAGGGCUGCUGAACACAAAUACGCCAUCAGAAUAGACACCUGGGUUCCUGGUGCCUAAUGGACGUUAUCUUCUGGGGUUUCGAGAGUUUUCGGUACUAAAUUUAUGCAAGCGGAUUACUCUUGCGUUUUUGGGGUUGCUGAACACGAAUAUGACUUAGAUAAAAGACUCUGGAGUAUCUGGUGACCACGAUGAAUAUUCUUCUUCAGGUGCCGUCCUCGUUCCGAAGUUUGGCUAUCAUCAAGGCUAUGCGUAUUUUUGAUACCGUAGAUCUAAAUAAUUGGCAGCUGCUGCACUUGUACCAAUCUCUUAAAUUCUUCAACCAUGAAUGUUUUCUUCUGCCAAUGGAUCUUUUACCUAUUAUUUUUCCCUGAAUAAUUAAUUGUAGUAGCUGGUACUUUUGUCCCCUCAUUAUAUGUCCCAAGUAUUGCAGUUUGCGCUUUUUAAUAGUAAGCGCAAGUUCUUUUUCUUUCUGCAUCCUUCGCAACACUUCCAUGUUUGUCACUCUCUCUGUCCACGAUAUUCUCAGUAUCCUGCGGUACAUCCACAUCUCGAAUGCUUCUAUUUUCCUUGUAUCGAUCUUUUUCAGUGUCCAAGCUUCCAUUCCAUAGAAAAGAACUGACAGCACGUAACAUCUCAUCAGGCGAAUUUUAAGAUUUAAACUUAGCUCUCUUCCGCAUAAAACUGUUUUCAUUUUGGUAAAAGUAGCUCUAGCUUUUUCAAAAUAUAGAUAUAUUUCAAAUGAAUAACACUAUCAAAAUAGAAUAGAAUAAAUCGAUCUUAAAAUAAAUGGAGGAAAAACAUUGUCAGAUAUAAAUUGAGUUUAUAUUUAUAAAUAAUUAAAACAAUUGAAUAGCACAACAUAGUUAUUUUAAUAAAAAUCUACAAAUAGAAAAAAGAACUUUUCACCAAUUUGUACGCUUUUUUUGAACAGCAACUCAGAAAACCUCCGAGUACUCGGUGUGUACCAAUCCGUUUGCAUCAAUUUAAUACCGAAAGCUCUCGAAACUCCAGAAGAUGACGUGCCUUAGGCGAUAGGUGCUCCGGUGUCUGUUCUGAUGGCGUAUUCGUGUUCAGCAACUCCAAAAAGCCAUGAGUAAUACAUUCGUAUUAAUUUAAUGCCGAAAACUCUCGAAACUCGAGAAGAUGAAUAACCUUAGGCACCAGGUGCUCCGUGGGUCGGAUCUGAUGGCGUAUUAGCGUUCAGCGCUCCCAAAAAGCCAUGAGUAAUCCGUUUUUAUCAAUUUAAUGACGAAAACCCUCGAAACUCCAGAAGAUGACGUGCCGUAGGCACAAUGUGAUUCGUGGGUCCGAUGUAAUAGAGUAUGCAUGUUCAGCAACCCCAAAAACCUAAGAGUAAUCCAUUUGAUUCCUCCGAAACUCCAGAAGGUAACCUGUCUUAGGCACCAGGUGCUCCUGUGUCUGUGCUGAACACGUAUUCGUGUUUUUUGUUACCCAAAAAACCUAUAACUAAUCCGUUUGCAUUAAUGUAGUACCGAAGACCCUCGAAACUUUAGGAGCUCCUUUCAUUGACCUUGAAAACCAGGUGCUCCGGGAGUCACUUCUGGUGGCAUAUUCGUGUUUAGCGACCUCAAAAAACCCUCCAGUUUCAAUUCAUUUGCAUCAAUUAAAUGCCGAAAACCAUCGAAACUCUAGAAGUUGACGUCCCUUGCAGUGACCCUGGCCACCACGUGCUCCGAGGGUCAAUUCUGAUGGCAUAUUCGUGUUUAGCGAUCCCAAAAGCCCAUGAGUAAUCUGUUUAUAUCAAUUUAAUGCCGAAAACCCUCGAAACUCUAGAAGAUGACGUCCGUUGAAGGUCAAGAUCAAAGUAAAGGUCGCCAUUGGAUAGCCAGGAAAAAAUUCUAGACUGCUAGUACUUUUCUUUGGUCCAAACUUCUACAUGUUGCCAGAUAACCAGCAACUCAGGGAAUUGGAAUACCCAGUAAAUCUUAUAAUUUUCCGAGUUUGUGCCUCUAAAUCUUGAAAAUCCUCCAUACGAUCAUCGAGUUGUGCCCAUGAGAACUUUUCAUCACAAUGAUUCAAAGAGUAUUUUCCCAAAGUAUGAAUUAAAUUCACUGGGACCUAAUUUCCAUAAGGUUUGUGCGGGUUACUUUGGUUUUUUUAUGUAUUUUUUGUUUUGUAUGUAUAUUUAACGAGAGAGUCCGUAUACUCGACUAUAUCUUAAUAUUUUGUUCAUUAUUCUUUCCAAGUCUUUCAAAUUGUCGGCUAUGAUGGCUGUAUCGUCGGCACACCUAAUGUUAUUAAUUAAACUUCCAUUCACUUUUAUGCCGACUGUCUCGUUUAUUACAAGAAUUAAUAUUAAAGUUAACCUUACCAGGCUUCCGGGUUGAACCACGUCGAUAUUCUCUUGGUCGAGCUUUCGACGCCAUCUUCAGGGCUUCCGGGGUCUUAGUUUGUCAAAGAGGACGUCGAAAGCUCAACCAAGAAAAUAUCCACGCGGUUAAACCUGGAAGCCCGGUGAGUUUAACUUUAAUAUUAAUUCUUGUAGGUAAUAAUAUUGAUUCUAGCUGUAAGUUUCAUUGUAUUAACCGUGGAUAUAGUUUUAAAAAGAAGAAAACCCGUUAGCGGUAAUAAAAUGUUUUAUUAAAAAAUACAAAUAUAAAAGAAACAUAACAAAAUGUACAAAUAAUUUUAUUAUUAUUUUAUGUGGAUGGAUAAAAUUUUGUAUUACAGAUAUUUAUAUGAACAAUAAACAAAUUUAAAUUCUAA